GUUGGUUAAAGUUGUCUAUAAGGAAGCCCAGUCUAUUUUGCCAAGUCAUUCUUUUAAUAGGAAUAAACCUGCAGCAGAAGCAUCUGUUUUGCCAAACUCUGUGGCCUUCCAAUUUUGUGACUCCAGAGGAGAUUGGUAGGGAGCUAGACCGGUUAUGUAGACAAUCACAUAUUUUGAUGGCUAUUAUGUAGAGGUAUUGGUGCUUGAAUAAAACUUGAAUAAUGAUGCUGUAAUACAGGUGGUUCUGAUAAAAGCUGCCAGAAUAUGUGACUAUCUGUAUCUCAGUCCAGCGGCCUAAUUAAGUUCUGCUUUUUUAAAAUCUUUAAAAAAUUUUAAAGUCCAGAUUGUCAAAAACACCCGGUAAUUUUGUUAACCUUAGGAGCAAACAGGGAGUAUCAGAGACAUUCGUAAAUGUCGCCGGGUCCGGGACUCGAACCCAGGACAGCCGCUAUUCGAGGACUGUAGCCUCUGUAUAUGGUCGCGCGCUUUCGCACCUACACCACCAGCGCCGCCAGUAUCAUUGCAUUUGGGCCCCCUCACCCCACUUCCGGUCCCCCAGAGUUUGGUUUCCUAGACAGCGCUAGGAGGAGGAGCUUAUCUGCUGGAUCACUUGCUCUGCCACAUCACAACACACAGAAACCGCUCUCUCGCAGCAAUAACUGCACAAACAGGCCCAGUGGCCAUGGCAAAAGACCCUUUAGCCGAGGCAGGCUUUUAUUUUGAUGAACUCAACAAGCUGCGGGUGCUCGAGCCUGAGGUCAGCCAGAAGACUUCGGAGUUGAAGGAGGAGUGCAAAGAGUUUGUGGACAAAAUUGGCCAGUUUCAGAAGAUUGUCGGUGGUCUAAUCGAGAUGGUCGAUGAACUGGCAAAAGAAGCAGAAAUGGAAAAAAUGAAGGCAAUCGGAGCCAGAAACUUGCUGAAGUCGGUGGCAAAACAAAGAGAGGCCCAGCAGCAGCAGCUUCAGGCACUAAUAGCAGAGAAGAAAAUGCAGCUUGAGAGGUAUCGUAUUGAGUACGAAGCCCUGUCCAAAGUGGAAUCUGAGCAGAACGAGUUUAUUGACCAGUUUAUUCUGCAGAAGUGAUGAAACGGCUGAACAACAAACACGUUUCCAGAGUGCCUGUUCAGAGUAACCUCCUCGAGUCCCUGCUGCUGCUGCAACGUCUCUUCUGAAGCAGUCAAAAAGCUCCAGUUUUGACUGGAAACAUAUACACCACCUGUUUACACCACUUAUCUCAGACGUGUGUGUGUGUGUGUGUGUGUGUGUGUGUGUGUGAAACAGACAGCUGCUGACUGAAACAACUGCUGCAACCAGGGGAUUUACAGAACCAGGAGUCCUUGAAUACCUUCAGAACAUUCAGUUCACAUCAAGCAGCUCAACAUCCAUCACCACUAUAAUGGAGGCUAUUUAUAUAAAGAAAAAAUAUUUAUGAUAAACAUUAUUUAUACCAAAAGAUUGCUAUGUAUAUCUAGUUUUAUUACCUUUUCUAUCAUCUAAUGUAUACAGUAUUUGCCUGCAUUUGUAAAUAGGUUUAAUUUAAAACAAGCACAUCAGGAUGCAUUCUACUGUUCUGGUAAAACACCAGGCAGUCACGUUCGUCUUGUAGCUAGAUAGGCUCCAGCCUCCCGCGGUCCUGCAAGGACAGUUGGGUAGAGACGAUACUUCAAUGUUGUUCAUAGCAGAAAUAAAACAUAAGUAAUGUUUCAUAUCCAGAAUAAAGCUUUUUGAAACGUC